UUGUCAUGUUCGAAACCAGCUAAGCCCUCUUUCUUUCUCUCUAUCUCUCUCUGGGUUCGAGAAAGUGCAACAGAAUCGCUCCAACCUAUAAAGAAUACCCAACCUUCCCAACCCGUGUAAGUAAAAAUAAUUGCACAACCCCAACAAAAAUUCUUACCUUAGACCACUCUAUCUCCUCACCUCACCCUUUCUUCUCUUCCCUACUCGCUACUUCCUUCUUUUAUAUCCAUCCAAGAAAAUCUUCACCUGAUUUUUUCUUUUUUUUCGCUUCUUCUAUAUAUCUGUGCCUUGUAUUUGUAUAGCCUUAAAAAUAAAAUAUAGGGAUAAAGGCCGAAAUAUGGUUAUUAGUAGCGGUUCUGUGCCGUUCAAGGUGUUAUUUGGGGCAAUUGCAACGUUGGGAUUUGUCUGUCUUCUGUUAAUUGCAACUCUGCAAACUGGAGCAACCAAAAGCACAACAACAGCAGUUCAAGCUACUCCAAGUUUCAAACAUGAGGCAGAUAUAGGAAGAGAGAAGCUUAUUUAUGACCCAGAUUUGGAUCUCAACUACAUGAUGAGCAAGAGAAAAGUUCCUAAUGGUCCUGAUCCCAUUCAUAACAGGAAAGCUGGGAACUCCAAACGACCUCCUGGCCGAGUUUAGUGAGGUGUCCUCAGUUAUCAAGGGAUUGAUAAGGUUGAAGAGCAGAGAAGUGGAAGAAGAGAAAAGAUGUCUGCCAUCUUGUAUGUAUUCUUUAGAAAUGGGACAAUAGAUGCUCCUGAAAUUAUUUUGAGAAUCCCAGCAUGCAACUCUUUUUUACUUCCACAAAACUGUUAUAUAUGGGGAGAUGUUGGGGUUGGUAUAAAGCUUAAGGGAAUAGCUUGUCAAUCACAAAACCAUAUAUACUGCUCAAAAGAGAAUCUAGCUAGGGAGAAAGAUUAGACUACAGCCUUUGCAAAAACAACUAUACUUCAGUGUUUGACAUGUUUUUGUUAUUUUGUCAUUUUCUGUUUCAAGUGUGAGAGAGAAGGAAGGAGGGGUUAUUUAGUGAUCAUAUAUAUAAAUUAUUAAGCUUUGUUUUGUGACCAAAUAAGAAAAUACCCAUUUGCAAAAAAAAAAUUAAGGACAUGUACCAAAUCGUUAUCUAUCAAUCAAUCAAUUUGGGCAUGUUUUGUUGUU